AUGGAGAACAGCACGGAAUUCAGCUCCAACAGGCACAGCGUCGCCCUUCAAGAGUACGAGGUGCCCAUUCGCCAUCCAGAGUUUUGCUUCGAAGACGCGAAUAUCGCCGUCGUCGCCGGCCAUCAGUACUUCCUCGUCCACCAAGGGCUGCUAUGUCACCAUUCGCCCGUCUUCAGGCACGUCGUCAGAUCGCUGGCAAUGGACAAGGGCAGGCGUAUUGAAGGCCGUCCUGCGCUGCCUGUGCAAGAUUCCCCGGAGGAGAUGGCACAAUUGCUGAGGGCUUUGUACACUUUCUCUUUCCGUAUGUUCGCCAGCGACUUUCUCGUCGUGUCUGCUUUGUUGCGUAUGUCCACAAAGUACGCCAUCGAAGAUUUGCGGAAGGAAGUACUUCGAACUCUGCUAAUGUCGUGGCCGACGACGCUGCCCUUGUGGGAGCUCCGAGAGAAGGCUGUUACAAAUGCAGACGGCAUGUAUGCGCCUCGUCCGAACCUGCCCCAUCCGAUCCUGAUGAUUGAACUGGCUCGGGAGGUCAACGCGCCGGAACUCCUGCCUUCUGCGUUCUACGACCUGUCCCGCUACUUGCCCAGCCAGCUUGCCACCGGGUACACCCACGGGUCCGCGACGCACCUGCUGGCAGCAGACGACCUCCUGCGGGUCCUGAAUGGCAAGGAGCUCUCAGCGCGGUUCUUCUCGACGUUCAUCGUGAACGAACUGGAGGGGCGGCUGCCGUCGGAGUGGUGUCUGCACCGGCACCAGGGCGAUGGGCACCGCGCGCGCGCGUGUCAGAUGGCGUUCGAGGCGAUCACGUUCGAGGUGCUGCGGGACGUGAACGGCGUGGUGUGUAACCGGAAUUCGGACCCGCUCUUCGCGAUCGUGGACAGCUUCCUGAUGCAGACGCGCGACGACGAGCCAGGCGUGGAGAACCGCGCGGUGUGCAGGGCGUGCGAGGCGUGCAGGAUGGAGUAUGCCGUCGCGGUCGAGGCAACGAGGGAGGAGUUUUGGAGGCGCAUUCCCGAGUGGUUUGACUUGCAGGUGAAGAAUUGGGGAUGA